AAAUUAAGUGUGCGUCAAUCAUGUCAAUAUUAUAUUCCGAUUAGUAUUUAAAUUACAUGUACGUCAUGUAAAGACGAACUGCAUAAUGUACACUUUUCAAAAGAUUUAAGAGUAUGUUAAUAUACAGCCACGUCAUCUUGGGUACGUCUCCACCUAUAACUAGAGAACUGGACAACCAAGAGUACAUUAUACAUUUCCAGGUAAAAAAUGAAAGCUUAGACGACUUCCCUCUUCAACAAUAAUGUUUGAACAGUGUACUUUAGAUUUGAAUUUGUAUAAAAAGAAAUGACAAAAUGAUAACAUGAUUUUCUAGUGAAUGUGACAUUUAACAAUAUGGAAUUCAGUUUCCGUAUAGCUAUUCAGGUUUUAAAUAUAUAAUCAGUGGUAAUUUAAACGGGGAACCCUGCGAUAUCAACCGUUUUCAGCCAUUUAAGUUUUCAAUGGAUGGUAAUAGUGAAUGCGUCUUUUUAAAGUCGUUUUGUACUGAAGACGGUCAAAUUUUGCACAAUGAUGGUACCACAAAAACUGACAUAACAUGCAGGUGCGAUUAUACAAAAGGAUACGCCUAUGUCAAUAUACCAAAGCAUACCUGUUAUUGUGAUCCCACACAUGAAGAUUGUUCAUGUUACAAAAAGUCAUGUGGAGAAAAUGAAGUACUAACUGCAGAUUACGAAUGUAUCAAACAAGACCAAUGGUAUAGAGAAAUCAACUGUCCAUUUAUAAAGGAAACACGGUGGAAUGACAAUACAACUGUAGAAGUCAAAUCAUUACACGAUGUUUUCCUUACAUCUUUUCGAGACCUUACUAGGUCCAACUUGAUGGAACACAAAGAAGAGUUGGCAAUAUUGAUUAUAUUUUUAUCGAUGCUUUUUGUAUUGGGCAUGUUCCGCAUAGUUUGGGGAUGCUCUUUAAAAACAAUUCAUAAUCGUAGGAAGAAGAAGAAAUUAUUUUUGAAAAAAGUUGAAAAAGAAAUGGAAGAAAAAAUAAAGGAAGAAAUAGAAGAAAGAAUAGAAAAAAGAAUAACUGAAUAUAAACAAGGCUUGCACAUUGAAAAGCUUCCUAACGACGAGGAAGAACUAAGACAGAAAAAAAUAAGAGAUGUACAUGAUCAGCACAUUAACGAUUGGAGAAUAGACGACAAAAAAUUUGUUGUGACAACGGCGACACAUAAAAUAUUAGAAAUUCUACAGAAAGACAGUUGUGUUCUUACAGUUGGUCUUGCCGGAAAUGGUAAAUCCUCAAUAAUGCGUCAUAUCGCGUUGAAAUUGAGAAGGCAAGAGCAAUAUGAAAUCAUUCCGAUAGUGCUGAGUCCAGAAACUAUGUUUGAAUUUCUGAAGAGAAAGCGAAAACAAAUAUUUAUUGUAGAUGAUUUCUGUGGAAAGGUGAAUAUCAAUGCACAAUCUGUAGAUCUCUGGGUCUCACAAAUUAAUGAAAUUCUUAAUUGGGUAGAGACUUCUGAUAAAAGUGAUACCAAAUAUAUUGCUGAAGUAAAAUUCCUCUUUGCUACUAGGUUAAGUAUUUACGAGGAUAGCAUUUUUCAAAAGCUCAAAUUGCUGAUGAAAUAUGUUUUCAAAUUAUCGGAAUUUCCCUUGACAGACGACGAAAAACUUAAAAUGAUCAACAAAUAUAUAACACGAGAAGCGGAGACUAAACUAUUGAACAAAUUGAAAUCUGACGAGGCAUAUUUUCCUCUUUUAUGUAAAAUAGCUGAACGAAAAACAACUGAUCAAAUUAUCCAGUUAUUUAGAAAUCUUAAAAUGUUUAUAAAACAGGACUUAUUGGUUUUGAAACAAAACAACAAUCUUCAAUUUUGCACGAUUACAUUAUGCGCAUUAUUGAAUAAUAACUUUAAAGAAGAAAUAUUAAACGAUGUUUAUGAAUCAGACUUUGAAAGGCAGGCGUUCAAAAAUAUUUGCAUUGAAUUUAAUUUAGGAUCCAAUAAAGACCUCGAUAAAAGUAAAAUUAAAGAACAAUUACGGAAUUUAAAAGAAAUGUAUAUGACUAAAACGGAAAAUUAUUAUCAUUUCAUCCAUGCCAAAGUGUAUCACAUUGCUGUUGUGGUAUGUGGUCAGACAUUUCUUCAUAGUUUUAUCAAAUACGUUCGAAGCUCAUUUAUUGCUGAACGUUUUUGCUUUCAAUCGAAAAUGGACGACAACAAUAAAAACAUUAUUAUCAUCGAUAACAAAGAUGAUAAAAAAAGAUAUUUUGACAGAUUAAUGUUUGAUUUGGAACAAGGUGAAACGUAUAGUACAUUUCAUAACAGUCAACUUAACAAUGAAUCAUACAGGCGCGAAUUUUGUGAAUAUUGUCAAAAAAGAAAACAAAAAGUUGGUGAGCUCUUAAAACAAUUCAGUGUAAACAGUGAUAUAGAUGAACAUGAUGAAACAGAUGAUGCGAGAAAUUAUAAAGACUACAUAGAUUUUACGAAACAUCAUCAUUUCUUUUCUCACAAAAUGCGAAGACCGUUAAUUGAGUCUGCAUGGGGAGGAUACUCUGACAUUGUUCAGUUGUUAUUGGAGUUUAAUUUCGAUAUCAAUGAAAGUGACAAAUUUGGAAGAACGCCUUUGUUCGUUGCGUGUCUUUUAGGGAAGGAGGGACAUGAGGAAGUAGUAAAUGUCUUGCUGAAAAACAAUGCCGAUCAUUCACUGUGUGAUGAAAACAAGCGGUCUCCAUUAUUGGUCGCUUCCAGAGAAGAAAACGAUAGUAUAGUUAAAGCGUUACUGCAACACAAUGCCGAUGUUAAUCAAUGCGAUGUAAACGGUAAUUCGCCAUUAUUAGUAGCUUCUUCUGACAGUCCCUUGUCUACUGUUAAAAUAUUAUCAGAUAAAAUGACUGAUUUUUCGAAAUGCAAUAAUAAAGGACAAACGCCAAUUUUUGUUGCAUCAAUCAAUGGAAAAGUAGACGUUUUAAAACACCUCUUACCCUUGUGUAAAGUAAACGUUUCGAAACAUGAUAAUGAGGGUAGAUCGCCUUUGUUUAUAGCCUGCAAAAAGGGGUAUUCUGAAGUUGUGAAUCUCCUUCUAAGUGAUCAUGCUGAUGUGUCGCAGUCCGACUGGACUAAACGGUCCCCAUUAUUUAUUGCGUCUGCCAAAGGAUAUGAUAAUAUUGUCAACAUUUUAAUACAAAACAAAGCUGAAAUAAAUCAGUGCGACGAGGAAGGUAGAACACCAUUAUUUAUUGCAUCCGAUAAAGGACGUACAUCAACUGUAAAGAUUCUUGUUAACUAUGGAGCUGAUUUAAACGCAACAGACCAUAGAAAGUGUACUCCACUGUAUGCAGCCUGUAGGCGAGGGUUUAUAGACAUAGUUCAACUUUUAAACGAAAAUAAAGCUAACAUUACACAGUGCAAUAAAUGGAAUUCAUCGCCUCUGUUUGCGGCAUGUAGACAAGGUAAUUUAGAUAUUGUAAAAUACUUGGUCGAAAACGGAAGUGAUAUUUCUGGUUCGGAUUAUUCUGGGAACACUCCUGUGACAGUAGCUAGCGAAAACGGAAAUACUGAUAUAGUAAACUUUUUGAUCCAGAGUGGCGCUGAUUUAAAUCAGUCUGAUCAAUGUAAAAAUAUCUAGGUUCAUCUGCUGCUGAAAUACACGCAGCUGUAGUAAAAUGUCUUAUAAAUAAAGGAGUUCUUUCAAGUUUAACCAACAAUGACAUUCAAACACCUCUAGAUUUAGCUCGUAAACACUCCAACACAAACAUUGUAAAACUACUACUUUCCAACAAGUGAUCAAUCAUUAUCGUAAAUUACAUCAAAUAUGUUUAAAUCUCUAUCAGGUUUGCUUGAAAUUAGAAAAUAUUCAAAUAUAUACAUUUGUGUGAUAUUUAGAAAUAUUCCCUUAUUUAGAACUAUCAUCUUAUAUGUUAUUCGAACGUUCAUCAUGGGUGUUUUAAGUGUGUCAUAUAGAAUGAUGAAAUGAAUUUAAUAAGAUGAAUAGUCAUUGUUUUUUUUUUCUUAGCAUAAAUAAAACAUUUGAUGCUUCGGAAUGACCUUAGGUCUCCACACACAGCAUGCCUAUUCCAUCGCAAAAAUAUAUUUAAGGAUAUUAGGAAUAAUGUUAUUUUUAAAAAAGCACUUGAUUUGUAGACAAUUUCACAAAUUGUUUAUGCUUUCUGUUGUUGUGAAAUUGAGAAUCGAAGGACAUCGUUAAUCAAAAUGAAUAAAUUAAGAUGUAUCUGCAAAACAAUAAAUAUCAAUAUUUCA